AUGGACUCGCUCAUCGACCUCUCGGAGCCGUCCAAGGCGCUGGACCUCUCGCGAAUCCGCUACCAGUUGAUCCGGCUCGAGGAUACCAUCACCUUCCACCUGAUCGAGCGCGUGCAGUUUCCUCUGAACAGGAAUAUCUACAUACCCCGGGCCGUGCCGAUACCUAACAGCAGCCUGAGUUUCCUGGACUGGUACCUGACGGAGCAGGAGAAGCUGCAGUCGUUGAUCCGCCGCUACGAGUCCCCUGACGAGGUCCCUUUCUUCCCGGACGCCGUGCAGAAGCCCAUCUUGGAGUCGCUCCACUACCCUCGCGUCCUGCACCCCAACGACGUCAAUGUCAACGACAAGAUUAAAAAGUUUUACAUUGAGACGUUCCUGCCCACGGUGUGCCCCGAUUUCGGGCACGGGGACAGAGGGGCUUCGCAGGAGAACUACGGGUCUUCGGCGACGUGCGACAUCUCCUGCCUGCAGGCCCUGUCCCGGCGCAUCCACUUUGGCAAGUUCGUGGCCGAGUCCAAGUUCCAGUCCGAGACGGACAAAUUCACCCGCCUGAUCCGCGCCGGGGACAGGGACGGCAUUGGCGAAGCCAUCACCAACAAGGCGGUCGAGAAGAAGGUGCUGGAGAGGCUAAAGCUCAAGGCCCAGACGUACGGGACUGACCCAUCGUUAGGCCCUGACGGGUGGGACCAGAGCAAGAUCAACGUGGACGCCGUGGUGUCUAUGUACGAGGACUUUGUCAUACCCCUGACGAAGGAGGUCGAAAUCGAGUACCUGAUGCAGAGACUGGAGCCAGCACAAUAA